CGCGCCAAUUCAAGAUGUCAAAAUUUCAAUUUACCCUUUAUUGUUCUGUUGUGUUUUAAUGUUAAUUGUUUUGUAAAAUUUAAGUUUAAAGUGAAUUAAGCCACUAAAAAUAUUCGUGUUAAUUAAAAAAAGAAAUGUCGAGUACGGUGAAAAUAAUUUCACAAUAUACUGAAUCAUCAAAAAUGAGCGAUAUGGAGAAAAUCGAAAAAACCCUUUCGAGGGUAAACAUUAACAGCCCUAUAAAAUCACGACCCAGAAGAUCCACAGUGGCGCCAAAGAAUUACGCUGAGCCUUUAUUAAGUCCAACUAAAAGAAAAAUUGUUUCGAAAUGGCAGGAUGAUAAUACUAGCCCUACAAAAACAAGACGUAACUCAACAGCAUCAAAUACUCCCAAAAGAAGUUUGAAUUUCGAUAAAAUUAACACGCCUGAAGUGAGAACACCAAAUCUUGACGAUUCAUUUAGAAAAACUGUAUUGAAAGUAAACUUGACGCAAAGUCUUGCUGUUAUGGAAAAACCCACACCGCGUCGCACAUCCAAGUUUUUUUACUACGAGUCUACGAGUGAUGAUGAAUCAGAUAUUGAAGAAACUGUAACAGAAAAAAGAAAAGUUAAGAAACCCGAACGACUCAUUGAUUCAAUUAAGAAACCUGAACGACUCAUCGAUUCAAUUAAUAAAACACCCACACGCCGGGGCAGACCACGCAAGUCCGAAAUAGAAAACACCACGCCCUACACACCAAGAAAACGCCGUUCACCAAAAAAAUACAUUGAAUCCGACGACGAGUAUGUAGAAGUUGAGCUUCUAAAAACUCCAACCAAAACUCCAAGAGCUAGAAGACUUACCAUUGCUACCACUCCAAAAAGCGGCACUAAAAGCAGAGCCAAGCUUAUUAGAGAUGGGGUUAUCACACCUUCAAUGCACGCUAGGGAUAAGUCGAUUGCAGGAGAUAGCACACCUCUAAUGAAGGCCAGAAGCCAACUGCAUGUUUCCCAUGUUCCUACGGCCUUACCAUGCAGGGAAAAUGAGUACAGUGAUGUUAAGCAUUUUUUGGAGGGAAAAUUGUUGGAUGGAUGUGGAGGGUGCAUGUACAUUUCUGGAGUGCCUGGUACUGGUAAAACUGCCACAGUAACUUCUGUAAUAAAUACUUUAACUCAAAACAAAAAGUUGCCAAAGUUUAAUUUUGUUAGUAUUAAUGGAAUGAGAUUGACUGAACCAAGACAGUCGUAUGUUGAGAUUUUGAAACAGCUGAAUAAUAAAACUGUACCCUGGGAGCAGGCCCAAUCAAUUUUGGAGGACAUGUUUACAAAAACCAAAAAAAAAUCUGCCCCUGUGGUCAUGCUUAUUGAUGAGCUGGACAUUUUAUGUACAAAAAGACAAGAUGUAGUUUACAACUUGCUGGACUGGCCCACAAAAGCUAAGAAUCAGUUGGUUGUCAUAACUAUUGCAAAUACUAUGGAUCUCCCUGAAAGAUUACUUAUGAGCAGAGUAACUAGUAGAUUAGGUUUGACAAGAUUGACUUUCCAAGCUUAUACCCACAAGCAGCUACAAGAAAUUGUUACCAAAAGAUUAAUAGGAACCAAUAGCUUUAAUUCAGAUGCCAUACAGUUUGUUGCAAGAAAAGUCGCUUCGGUUUCGGGAGACGCCCGUCGCGCCCUCGACAUCUGCCGAAGGGCGGCGGAAAUUGCCGAGCUCGAGAACGAGCAGGGAUUGGUCACGAUGCAGCACGUGAACGAGGCGCUUAACGCGAUGAUAACGCAGCCUAAGGUGCGUGCCAUCAAGCACUGCUCCAGGCUGGAGCAGCUCCUUCUGCAGACCAUCGUUGCGGAGGUCGAGAGAACAGGGGUGGAGGAGACCACCUUCAUGGACAACUACAAAAUGUUUGUGUCAGUGGCGGCCAUCGAUGGGUUCAAGAUGGUCUCGGUUACCAACGCACUAGCAGCUGUUUCGCGCCUUAGUGCAUGUCGCUUGAUUUUGACAGAUUCCAAACGAAGCGACAUCUAUCAGAGGAUCAUUCUGAAUGUAAGCGUUGAUGACGUCUACUACGCUCUCAAGAAGGACUAACUUGUAGUAAGAUUUUAUUUAUUAUGCCUUGAUAAGUUUUAAAUAUAUUUUUUAUAUAA